AUGCCUCCUAAGAAAGAGCAAGUCGUCGAGAAGGUCCUCCUGGGGCGCCCGGGAAACAACUUGAAGAGCGGCAUCGUUGGUCUUGCCAACGUGGGUAAAUCCACGCUCUUCCAAGCCAUCACAAAGUGCUCCCUGGGUAACCCGGCCAACUUCCCAUAUGCCACCAUCGACCCGGAGGAGGCGCGUGUCAUUGUUCCAGAUGCUCGCUAUGACUGGCUGUGCGAACAGUAUAAGCCCAAGUCGCGCGUGCCUGCCAACUUGACUGUGUACGAUAUCGCUGGUCUGACCCGAGGCGCUUCCACCGGUGCUGGUCUUGGAAAUUCUUUCUUGUCCCACAUUCGCGCCGUCGAUGCCAUCUUCCAGGUAGUCCGGUGCUUCGAUGAUGCCGAGAUCAUUCACGUCGAGGGUGAUGUCGACCCAGUCCGUGACUUGAACAUCAUUAGCGAGGAACUCCGUCUCAAGGAUAUCGAGUUUGUUGAGAAAGCUUUGGAGAACCUUAGCAAGCAGACCAGGAGAGGAGGCCAAUCCUUGGAAAUGAAGAAAUUGAAAGAAGAAGAGGCCACCGUUGCCAAAGUUCUGCAAUGGCUGAAGGACGGCAAGGACGUUCGUAAGGGCGACUGGGCUCCCAAAGAGGUUGAGGCUAUCAACCCUCUGUUCCUAUUGACAGCUAAACCCGUCGUUUACUUGGUAAACCUGAGCGAAAAGGAUUACCUACGCCAGAAGAACAAGCACCUGCCCAAGAUUGCUGAAUGGGUCAAGGAGCACGCAACUGGCGACCCUAUAAUCCCUCUUUCCAUUUGCUUCGAAGAGAGGUUAACCCGAUUUGAAUCCGAGGCUGAGGCCGAGGAAGAAUGCAAGAAGCUGGGGACCAAAUCAGCGCUUCCAAAGGUCAUUGUGACCAUGCGAAAUGCUCUAAACCUGGGCAGUUUCUUCACUUGUGGUUCUGAUGAAGUUCGACAGUGGACAAUUCGUAAAGGUACCAAGGCUCCACAAGCAGCAGGAGUCAUCCACACAGAUUUCGAGAAGACAUUCAUUCAAGCUAUUGUUUUCAACUACAACACUCUUAAGGAGUACGGUGACGAGGCUUCCGUGAAGGCAGCCGGAAAGGUUAUGACCAAAGGCAAGGAAUACGUUGUUGAUGACGGCGAUAUCCUCCUCAUCAAGGCAGGUGCCGCCAAGGGUUAA